AUGGGUAGAGUUAGAACUAAAACCGUCAAGCGUGCCUCCAAGGCUCUUAUCGAACGUUACUAUCCAAAGUUGACUCUAGAUUUCCAAACUAACAAGAGACUUUGUGAUGAAAUCGCUACUAUCCAAUCCAAGAGAUUGAGAAACAAGAUUGCUGGUUACACCACUCACCUAAUGAAGAGAAUUCAAAAGGGUCCAGUUAGAGGUAUUUCCUUCAAGUUGCAAGAAGAAGAAAGAGAAAGAAAGGAUCAAUACGUUCCAGCUGUUUCUGCUUUGGACUUGUCUCACUCUAAGGGUGUCUUGAACGUCGACAAGCAAACUGCCGAAUUAGUUAAGGCUCUAGGUAUGAAGCUACCAUUAUCUGUCAUUAACGUUUCUGCUAACAGAGAAAGACGUUUCAACAAGAGAGCUUAA